AUGUCCGAGAUAACGGAAAUCCAUUUCACGCAUAAUGACUAUACUGUGGCCUGGAUUUGUGCUUUACCAACGGAGCAGACAGCAGCGAUCCUGAUGCUUGACAAAGAGCACUCUAGCCUGCCAAGCCAGUGCGAAGACCCGAAUACCUACACCCUUGGUUCUGUUGGAAACCACAACGUGGUCAUCGCGUGCCUGCCCCUUGGGCAGACAGGUAACGAUCCAGCAGCUUCCGUCGUGAUGGCGCUGAUGAUGUCAUUCCCUGCCGUUCGAUUUGGCCUAAUGGUCGGUAUCGGUGGUGGGGGCCUGUCAUCUAAGGUUCGCCUUGGAGACGUGGUUGUCAGUAAACCAGUGGAUGACUUACCUGGUGUUAUCCAGUGGGACAAGGGCAGGGCUGAACAGAGCGGAAGUUUCCGGAGAACCGGCUCCCUAAACAACCCGCCGCGGGUGCUGUUAACGGCUUUGACGAAGCUUAUAAGCCACCAUGAUAGAAAUGGUAAUGGAAUACAACUUGCCCUGGAAAAUGUGAGGGCCACAAAUCCGAAACUCAGCAAAAGUUACACGGGUCGCGAUGGUCUCAAGGAUAUCAAGUUUGAUGUGGACUAUCCACAUCAAGAACGCCCAGCAGAUGAUAGCGCCUCUGAAUUGACUGAUGAAGAGGAAGAUGCUUGUCGAUUCUGUGAUAAAUCCAGAGCCGUCGAGAAAAAGCCCCGGGAGACAAAAAUACACUAUGGACUAAUUGCUUCAGGAAAUAAAGUCGUCAAAGACUCGGUUUUACGCAAUAGCUUCAGAAAGGAAUUUGGCAACAAGCUUCUGUGUUUUGAGAUGGAGGCCGCAGGGAUUAUGAAUAGCUUGCCUUGCCUCGUAAUUCGGGGUAUAUGCGACUAUGCAGACUCUCAUAAAUCAGAUGGCUGGCAAAAGUAUGCUGCAAUGGUAGCUGCGAUAUUCGCAAAAGAACUUCUGCUAGUAGUACAUGCUGAGGAGGUCAAACAAAUGAAAGAUGUCAAAGAUUUACAAAAGACUAUGGAAACAACGCAGCGUACAGUCCUUGAAGAUAAAUAUCAAAAGAUCCUUUCUUGGCUUCGUGAAGAUGAUCAAGGAAACCGCCUAAGUCAACAUUUAGGGCAGAGGCAGGCGGGUACUGGACAGUGGCUCCUAGUAUCACCUGAGUUCAACCAAUGGCUAAAAUACAAGCCGCAGAUGCUUUUCUGCCGGGGGGCGCCAGGAGUUGGAAAAACAAUUAUAGCGUCUGUUGUGGUUGAGGAACUCACCAAACGUUACCAAGGGAAUAAUGAAAUCGGAAUUGCUUAUGUGUUUUGUGAGUUCACAAACAACGAAGAACAUCCCAUCGAACCGAUUCUGAGAGCUUUCAUCAAGCAGCUGUCGCAAAUUGGUCUGCCCUUUCCGGCAGCUGUUGAGAGUCUCUAUCAUCGGACUUUCUCACUUGGCAGGGUGCCAACAGUUGAUGACCUUCUUGACACUUUGGUGUCUCUCUUAAAUCUAUACUCAAAGGUCUACAUCAUCAUCGAUGCCCUGGACGAGUUCUCGGUAUCUGGAGGUCGUCGAACAAAGUUUAUGAAAAUCAUUAACGACCUAAGGAAUCAGCCGCGGCUGAACUUUCUUGUUACAUCUAGAUAUAUACCGGAAAUCAGCGACAGCUUUUCGGAUUACGUCGACUUGGCAGUCGAAACCGGCGAUGAAGAUAUAGAGAAGUACCUCAAUGGCUAUCUUCCAAAUCUCGAUGGUGUUGUCGGCACAGACAAGGAAUUGCAAAAAGAGGCAAAGUGUGCGAUUAUUAAGGCGGCAAGCGGAAUGUUUCUUCUCGCCAAGCUACAAGCAGAACAGCUAGGGGGCAUGAUAAAUCCUAAACUCGCAAGGAGCAAAUUCGAGCAAUUCUGUCUCUCACCUGGAUCAUACGAAGAAGCCUAUAAAGGCGCAUUAGACAGAAUCCGGGGUCAAUCUGACCAACUCGCUGAGCUUGCAAUACGAACUCUGUCAUGGGUCACACAUAUGGAGAGAUCGAUCUCAAUUCAAGAACUACAGAUCGCUCUCGCUGUAGAAAAAGGCAACAUGAACAUCGACCCACACAACUUUACAUCUGCCAAACUUAUCAUCACGUCUUGUGCAGGACUGAUUAUGCUAGACAACAGAAAAUAUGUUCAAAUUGCUCACUAUACUGCCCAAGAGUUUUUAAGGGGAGGCGGAGGCAUUCGGCUUGGUUCACCACACCGAGAAAUUGCGACGUCGUGUAUCGCGUCACUUUGCUCCAACUACAUUUGUAUGUGUAUGUUGUCAUCAUCGAAAUUUUGCGUAUCUCACAAGAUUCCGAAUGGUGUUAUUGAGGAGGACUUCAAAAGUUGUGGAGUCGGAGAUACGCCAUUGUGUUCAUUUUCUCGCUACGUCCGGUACCAAUGGGUUCAUCACGCAAGAAAGGCCUACACUGAAGUCAAGGAGCUGAUUCUGGAAAUUAUCAAAGACGAGCAGAAUUUUCACAAGCUCGCACGAUAUCUUAGAGACUAUAGAGAUUGGAGGACCCCUAAACUCUCAGCACUUCAUCUAGCAGUGCAUUGGAACUUCCCAGAACUCGUGAGCGAUCUGAUAAAGCUUGGGCAUAAUCCAGCAUCGAAAGAUGCCUAUGGACGAACUCCGUUAUCAUGGGCAGCUGGAAAAGGGCUUGAGAAUUUGGUUGUGAUAUUGCUUGCUGCCGACAGCACAGUCGCUAAUGCAAGAAGUGAGGUUUUAUGGGGAGAAUGGGUAUAUGAUUCUGGAAGAGACUACUGGGACAUGGACCGUUACAGAGACCGUUACAGAGGCCCGAAGGGUUACAAUGCCCUUAAAUGGCAGAGAGAUGUCAGCAAGCGUGGUGCGACGCCUCUGUGGUAUGCCGCUUACGACGGCCAUAGUGGCGUGGUCAGGAAGCUGCUCGCUGAACCUUCCGUUGACCCCAACCUAGCUGAUGAAGCGUGGGGGGUAACUCCAUUUCUGGCUGCUACAGCGUUAGGUCAUGUUGGCGUGGUCAAGGCAUUCAUCGAGCACGACGGGGGGUCGCCCAUGGAGGUCCGCGCAGCUAAUAUUAUAGCUCCGCAUGCAGCUGUGAUAUUCUGGCACCACAGGGUCCUCUCGCUCCUUCUGACCGAAGGCUGGGAUCCGAACUCUCGCGAUCCUGAUGGGGAAACGCCUUUAAGGCUGGCCAUACAGUUGAGUAACAACAAAGCAGUGAAGCUGUUGAUGAAUCAACCGGGCAUUGAGAACGAUGCUACAGGGAGAGAUGGCAUGCAGGCUUUUCAUGGGGCUAUGCAUUCGAAAACUGGGGAUUUUAUUGAACCAUCUUUGCCAAAACGGGCAAUUUCUUGGCAAGUGUCCAAUAGUUGGUUUGAAAUUCAUCUUUCAUAUUGGCAAUGA